AUGUACAUGUGUAUGGGUAAAAACACGGCACGAAUGCUAAAUAUGAAUAUUUACGUGUCUCUGCCCAUUCCUGCUACUCUUAAUGCCUUUUCCCCGUGUCGCGGGUGUGCGUUGUCUUCGUUCGAGGGCCCCCAAUGCGCCAUGGGAGCGCUCAGGUAUAUUUUCCCUCCUCUGUGCGGAUUUACCGUCGGCUGGGCUACCCGAAGCCAUCUGUUCGAGGCUGCGCGAACUUCCCUCAAGAAGGAAGCAACAGAAAAACCAACUGGCACGCCGCAACAGUCAACGAACAGCAAAGCGCCUCUGCAAGCAGAGGUACCGCAUGUCAACGACAUAGCAGCGGAUGCAACUCAGACAAAAGCAGUGCACCCAGUGACAGCAACUCAGGCUAAAAAAUGCGGGAGGGACGACGGAGGAAGAAAAGACAGUAUCAGAGAAGACGAGAAUUGGUGUGACUGUACGAGUCUAGCUGUUGUUCACCGAAUGUUCGUGACCCAAAAGUCAACAGGCGAACUCUCUGCUACCCUUAAGCGUCUUGCUACGAGCAGAAUAAAUACGCAAGGCUUUAAAAGUAUCAGCGUCUUUACUAGACCUAUUCUUGGCCCCGCAGGCGGACCAAAAUCAGCAUUAGAGAAGUCCGAUGUCCAUAACGCACACAGGCUACAGGGCGAAACAGCAGCAACAACGGAGGACCCCUCAAAGGGUCCCCAAGGAAGCCAGGGUUUUUUUGGGAUGGGAGAGGCAUCCGAGUUUGUUGCCGGGGAGGUCCUAGUCAUUGAAGAAUGGCUGAACCCUUUUGCUGCAGUCAGGGUGCUGGGGUCCCCAGAAGAGAGGCGGAAGGGCUCCCCUUCUCUUGAGAUGCGGGGUACUCUGUGGGUUUGUGUCGCUCCAGGACCUCUCUGA